CACAGCGCGAUUUACUACGUCAUCAUAUGGCGACUGUUAUGAUUUUUGUAAACAUUGACCAGGCGGUGGAGAACGUGAACAGAAACCAUGGAUAAUCUUGUAAAGGUGCACGGAGCAGGCGGCUAUGACUCUGACUUCAGUGAUGAUGAAGAGGGAGAGUCCUCGCAGAGAGGCCUUAAAAGGAAACGCGAGGAUGAAAUUUUACAGAAGCCAUUCCAGAAAGGAGGGCACUCCCAAGUGGCUCAUCGGAGUUUCCACUCUAAUGAAGUGGACAGAGAGGAGGCCAGGAACAGAAGAGCCCACCUGAUAUCACUGAAUGCUUUUGAGCGACAUAAGAAGUUUGUCAGUGACUACAUACUUUACUAUGGAGGGAAGAUGUCUGACUUCAAACGCUCUGCAGCUAAAGACAAGACCGAUAUGGAUGUGGUGCGGGAGAAUCAUCGCUUUCUCUGGAGGGAUGAGGAUGAGGACGACAUGACGUGGGAGAAAGAACUGGCUAAGACAUACUACGAUAAACUGUUCAAAGAGUACUGCAUAGCUGACCUCAGCAGAUACAAGGAAAACAAGUUUGGAUUUAGAUGGCGGGUUGAAAAUGAAGUCGUCUGUGGCAAAGGUCAGUUCCAGUGUGGUAACAAGCGCUGUGAGAAGCAGGAAGGCCUCAAGAGCUGGGAGGUGAAUUUUGGUUAUGUGGAACAGGGCGAGAAGAGGAACGCAUUGGUCAAACUCAGACUGUGCCCUGAGUGCUCCUUCAAACUCAACUACCACCACAAACGGAGGGAGGUGAAAGCAAAGAAGAAAACUUGGAGGCGCUCAGAGGAAAACCUGGAACCACGACAGAAGAAGAAAAAGAGGAGCAAAUCCAAGUCUUCUUCUCACUCCAAGAAGCACAAACACAAAGACCGGCAAAAGAGGCACAGAAAUCACUCCUCCUCCUCCUCCUCCUCCUCCUCGUCCUCCAGCAGUUCAGAGAAGUCGCAGGACUCGGACAAAGACUCUGGAGAUGAGCCAGAAGACCAAUCAGAGGCAGACCACUGGCGAGGACCCGCCCCCGUGGUGGAGGAAAAGUCAAGGGAGGAGGAGUUUGAUGAAUACUUUGAGGACAUGUUCCUCUGACUGACAUGGCAUCAGCUCCAGUGCGACUGCAACUACACUUCCUUCUGCAGCACCACUAACUGUAAAGAGGAUGAUUUUCUUCUGUUUUGUCUUUGCUUCUUGUGUGUGCGUGCGUGCAUGUAUCCUUUUGUCUGUGUAUGUUCCAGUACCGCUACAGAAAUAAACAUUUGUUCGCCAUGUAUUUUUCACUGA